AUGGAGUCCUCUGGCGGAGAAGCGGAAGUGAGACCCUUAUUGAGGCAAGCUUCCUCAUCGUUCUUCUGUUUGUCAUCGUCCGCAGUCCCAGUGGUUGGAACUGGAUUUCGCCGGUGUUACUGCCGAACGCCCAGCCUGAUUGCAUUUAUCCGCGUUUUCCAUUCCAGACUGUCGUCGAAAUUAGGUGUCCACGAAUCGACUGUGGAUGCUUCAAUUUUUACAAUGCAGUCCAGUUACAUUUGAUGGGAAAAAGAUUUAUCGCGACAACUUCACGACGAAAAUGUUACCUCGAUUUUUACCUUCUCGACCUUUAGUCAGCCUCUACAAGAUAUUUGGGUUGUAUUUCCGUCGACAACUUAUCGAUGAAUGAAUCCGGAUAGCAUAUUUAAUAUGCUUAUCUGCAUUCAUUGGAUGUUUCCGAGUUUAAAAAGUUUUUGAGGAUCCUGAGGAUCCUCGGUCCAUCUAAAAAGCAUUCUUAGACUUUGGGACUGUGCCACAAUCAACUGAAUUCAAGCGUCUUUCCAAUCGGCGGUAUAGUUUUAAAAGAUAUUUACACUGACAGGUUUCUUUUCUGUUUAUUUUUCUUUAGCCUAUUAGCUGCAUUAUCUUAUGGGAUCGCUUCCAUGGCCAUGGUUUUUAUCAACAAGGCAAUUCUUAUGCAGUACCCGUACUCAAUGACUCUUCUGACUUUGCAGGUAUUGUUUAGCUGCCUCGUACCCAAAGACAGUAUCUUGUCUUUAUGUUCUUUUUAUCUUGCGACACAAUCUUAGAAGCACGUUAUGAUUGUCUCUGUCUCAGCAAGUGGCCACAGCAUCUCUCAUUCAAUUUGGUCGAGGAUCGGGAUACGCUAAAGCGAGAGGAUUCAGCCUAGACACAGCGAAAAAGCUCCUUCCGCUUUCACUCUUCUACAAUGCUAAUGUUUCAUUUGCAUUGGCAAGCUUGAAAGGGGUCAACAUUCCCAUGUACAUUGCAUUAAAAAGGCUCACACCACUCGCUGUCCUGGUUGCUGGAUUUUUUUCUGGAAAAGGAAGGCCAUCAACGCAGGUACGAAUCCAAGUUUUGUAAUAAUAUUUGACAGAUGAAAUUCAACAGAUGUUGCUUCUCCUCACAUUGGCAGAGAUCCUUAUGCACAUGGAAAAACGAUUUUACAAUGCAAUAGUAUCAAAUGAUAGAAAUUCAUGAAUGCUGAUGCUGGUCUUUUAUAUUAUGGAACAUCAUGUUCUUAUCAUUUGUUCAUCUUAUCACUACCAUAUACUGUGCCUCUAAUCAUUGUUGUCAUACAAGUGGAUUUAAGAGUAUAAAAUUUGAAGUAUGGAGGAUCUGCUCGUUGUGAAUUUCACAUACACUGUUUCCAUCUGCUCCCUCGGGUUUUAUCAUUGAUCAUCUCAGGAAUGUAGGAUUUGGCCCCAUCAGCUGGUAUCGAAGUGCCCUAUGAUGCCCACUGUUCAUGUUACAUGCAAAUAUGAAUUGUACACAAAUGAGUGGAUGGCGAGAAACUUGAAGAAACGAAAGAAAUUGGGAAGUAUCAUUCUCAAUAAAAUAAGUUCAAACCCUCAAUUCAAAAUAGCAAGUUAUGGAGGUAGUCUGACCCAUCAAGAUAAAAGAAAAAGGGAAAAAACUGAGGAACCCAAAAUAACUGGGGUUUGAAAAUGUAAAAUAAGAACCGAAAGAUCUUAGAGAAGGCGUUUGAAUUCAGUUAUGUGCCAUAGAAUAACCCACUUGGACAUUUGUCUAUUUUCACAUGCCUUCUAGAUUACCUAGAUUUUAUGCCACCAUUAAUCUAUGAAACUUAUAAUUUUUUUGACAAGAAAUAAUUUAAAGGAUUUGGGUGACAACUUUUGGUUAGCUGCAUAACAUUCAUAUUAACCUUGUUGGGCUUUUGGGUGGGAAAUGAAAACAGUUGUAGUGAGAAUAAAAGAAAGAAAAAUACACCCAUUGCAGAAGGAGACAACGGUUUUAUAGUGAGGUUAACAGUCGGAAAUCCACUCCACUCAAGUCUCUCCUUAAUAUUUUCACUCUGUUCUCGCAAGCCUACGAGUAAUUUUGCUUGCUCAAAGUACUGAAUAAAUAUAUCCCAAGCCUGUCUCAAUAACAUGCUUGAAAAAAGAAAGAUAAAUCAAAUACAAUGCUUACAACUCAUCCUGUAUGGAUGACGAUGCCAUGUCAAGCUCGAACUCUCACUCGGACAUUGGAUAGAUUAGAAAUGUGGUAGGCUUAAUGCUGCUUCUAUUAUUUACAAGAUUGAUUCGUGGAUACUUGAGAUUCUCUCUUUCUUCUUAGACUUUUUAGAGUUAGAGAUCAUCAAUAAGUCGACGCUAGCUCCUCUUAUAAACAACUUAAAAACUUCAUGAUUUGUAGUUUUUUAGCUUUCUUUGCUUUAAUUGGAAUAGCCUUUUCAAAGCCAUGGGGUGGACUUGUAGAAGCAUGAGAUUGACACUUCAGACCUGUAACAUCUUGAAGGGUUGACCCUCAUGUUCACGAGGGUUACUCUUUGCAGUCUUCUUUGUUUUGUUUGAAUUGACCUCUUUGUAGACUGAUUAUGUGCAUUGCCCAGGUCUACUUAAAGUUCAACUCCUAUGAAAACACUGUUUUAUUUUUCACAAGUGUGGCUCCUGGGAAAAAGUAUUUUACUUUUUACGUGGGUUGACUUGAGUAUGUACUUCUAUGUAAAUAUUUAAGGAGCUUUCUGUCUUAUGCAGAAGUUAAUUUAAGGGUUGACCACUACUACGUUUUUUGUCUUCUAUUACCCAAAGGGGUCAACCUAAAGGUCGAAUCCUUUAUUUUAGUUCACAUUUGUGCGUACAAAAAAGCUUAUGUAUUACACAUAUUGAUUGGACAAUGAAUUCUAGAUAUUGAUACUUGUCAAGUUGACUUCAUUUUUUAGCCCUUUGUGGCGUGGAAAAUCUUCAUUUCCAUGUCUGAAGCUCAAUGCAAAAGAUCCACAUAUUAGUGUAAAAAUUGAGGUUUUAUAGUCGUCACAAUCAAUUUACUGGGUUCUACGGACCUAUUCAACUUUUCUGGCGAUUGGUGAUACUAUGUGAACAUAAAUAUGACCCUCUUGAAUAUUUCUAAAAGUACAAGAAAAUCAGAAAUUAUUGCAAAAAUAGACGUGCGAAACAUUGACCGGACAAUUCUCCUUAUGAAGUGAAGGAUACAAAUGCUACUAUAGUUAUAAAGGAGGAUAUUUACAGUUGUUAAAACGUCAAGGACAUUAUUUACACCAAAGGUAAGUUAAAGAAGUGAAGGAAACAAUCGCAGAUAGCAUUAGAAGUUCAUUAGGAAUUGCACCUGAAACUUAGUCUUUAUGUCAAGAAGAUUGAUUUUUGACUUCAUUUGCCUGCUCAGAAUAUCCAGGAAAGAACAGGAGGAUUGGAAGGAGAAUAUACCACGAUAAUAUGUGGAUUUCUCAGGGACUAGGACAUAAAUUUAAAGAUGUAUAUGAUAGAACCCAAACCUAUUAUUGUCUAUGAUUUUUUGUUUUGCCUUCAGAAUAGAUCAGCUAAUGGUUAAGACAAAGUGUUUUCCAUAAUCUAUCUGAGAAAGAUGUAACGCUAGUAGAUAUGACUAGAAACCGUAAAAUCUAUAUAGUUUACAAUUAUUAGGAUUAAAUAAGAAAAAAAAGAACAUUAUUUAAGUGGAUCAUUAAAGUAAUACCAUUCUAUUCAAUGACGAAGGGCAAUAUUGGAUUGAUUUCUUCUUGAUUUGGUGACCUUAUAAACACUGUCUAUUUCCAUAUGUGCAGACCUGCAGCACAACAUCUAGAGCCAUCCAUAUAUUUAUAAACAAUCAUAUACUUUCAUUUCAAUUCCUGCAUCCAUCUCUAGAAAAUAAAAUAAAUAUAUAUAUAUAUAUAUAUAUAUAUAUAUAUAUAUAUAUCCUCAGAUUGACCUGUCCAUCUCGACCUUGCUUGUCUGUCAGGUCGCACUUUCAGUUAUAUUAGUCGCUGUUGGGGUCAUCAUCGCUGCACUGGGUGACUUCUCCUUUGACCUUUUCGGGUACACCAUGGCUCUGACUUCUGUCUUCUUCCAGGUAAUAUAUGGGCUUGUGCAUUAUCUAGCGAUUUCAGCUUACCCAUCCCCUGUUGCCACCUUAUUGCUUAAAUAUUAUUUAUUAUUGUCCGUGUAGACAAUGUAUCUGCUUCUGGUGGAGAAAUCAGGAGCAGAGGAUGGGCUCUCCUCCGUUGAGCUGAUGUUCUAUAACAGCUUUCUGUCACUGCCAUUUCUCCUUGUACUUAUCACAGCUACAGGGGAGAUUCCACAUUCCUUAUCCUUGUUAUUUGAAAAGGUCAGCAUCUUACUCUUUAUUUCCGCUGUAUUAAUAAUUCUUCUUAUUUGGUAGUUCAAAUGAAUCAUGAUAAAAAUUCUUCUGAAGUCUCAUUUAUGUGAUUAUGUUGUGGCGAGAGAGAAAGAGACAGAUAGAUAGAUAGAGAGAGAUAGAUAGAUAGAUAGAUGGAAAUAGAGAGAGAGAGAGAGAGGGGGGGGGGCGGUGCCACAUGAGUGAUUGUAGAAAAGCCCAUGCCCCAAGAAUCCAAGGCCGGGCUAGCCUUUUCUGGCAUAUUCUUUUAGUUUCAAAGAAGCUAUGCUAGGAUACCAUAAGCAUCUUUAAAGCGGCAUCUCCUUUCUUUAUCUUCCUCUGGUAGGAUAAUUCUGUGGCGUUUCUGGUGAUAUUCAUUCUCUCUCUGGUGAUGGGAAUCGUUCUCAACUUCACCAUGUUCUGGUGCACCAUCGUCAACUCCGCUCUCACGACAACCAUUGUUGGAGUUCUCAAGGGCGUGGGGUCAACUGUGAGCACUCCCCCCCUCCCUCUCUCUCUCUCUCUCUCUCUCUCUCUCGCUGUCUCAUCAAUAUCUAACGUGCCUACCAUUCUUCAGACCCUUGGGUUCGUCACGCUGGGCGGCGUGGAAGUACACGCCCUCAAUGUGACAGGGCUGGUCAUCAACACGGCCGGCGGCGUGUGGUAUUCCUACGCCAAAUACCAGCAGAAGAAGGCCAGGCACCGCAAGGCGCCAUCAGACACCGAAGCCCGGCAUAAGUAG